AUGUACGAAGGGAUUGACAACUUGAAAUCCCUUUACGACCGUGCCGGGAAGACUUUCUCCGGCGGUCCUUCUGCGGCACAGGAUGUGCCGCGUCGUACUGCUCAACCAGACCCAGUACGUCAACUAUCAGUUAGGAGCGGGGCUCCCAAGUAUCCCAGGACGGGGGAUAGCCGCGCCACCGGACGAGAUAACUCGUCCAACGUCCGUUCACGUCGCGGUGGUUCAACAGCUGCUCAACUAGAUAGCGCUGGCCACCGCGAGAGUCCUCUAAUGGAGGUGGAGGAGGAGGAAAGACGCUCUUCACACGAUCAUGGCGAUCCGUGUGUUCCCGUGAGCUUCUUUGAUCGCGUAACGCAAGGGUUACGCGGCGAUCUCGAACAUGAGCGGGACAGGCGUCUCCAAAUGGCGGAAUCUGUCUCGAAGCAUCGAGCUGAGUUUGCCUUUGCUCACCUUGAGAACGAGAGAUCUCUGACAUCUCUUCGUGACGAGCUAAGGGUAGCUCGUGGUAUUGUUCAUCGGUCUCGGGAUGAGAUAGCUGCUCUUCAGACCCUUGUUGAUGCCCAUCAUCGGGAGCACAAGGCUCUCUGCGAGAUGCUUGAGCGCAAGGGCGUUCUUCAUCGGAAGAAGCAGCGUACUGAUGGUACGGCUUAA